CAAACUUCUUGUGUUGAUUUAAAAUCGCACGUGUGUCAUCGCCAACUGUGAUCGAACCUUUUUGGAUUCCGAAAUUAGAUACACAAUGUUCACGUUCGGUUUUAAAGUAAGUGAACCAUCCAACGAGGAUUCCAAGGAAGUCGUUGAGGAGAAAUCCUCUCAAGAUUCGCAGACAUGGUUCGAGUGCUCGGAACUAGCUCUACCGGACGACCUCCGCUCCGGCACCUCGAUCGAUCCAGACCACCUGCACGUAUUUCUCGCCAGUGUUGACAUCCAGGUCGAGUACAUCAACUGCCUGUCGCUGGACAAAGAAGAGCUUUCGCAGGACGUCCUGGUGGCGGAACACGACCACUCCGACCUGGUUCCUGGACAGUACGAGGGCGGACUGAAAGUGUGGGAAUGCACGUUCGAUUUGGGGGAGCUGAUGGUGGAACGGGAGCAGGUUACGAAGCUGUUCAAGGGCGCGACGGUGCUGGAUUUGGGAUGUGGUUCGGGGAUUUUGGGCAUUUUGGCGGCGAAGUUGGGUGCGGCCAAGGUGGUCUUCCAAGAUUAUAACAAAGACGUUAUAGAAAAGGUAACGAUGAAGAACUACUCGAUCAACUGCUGCGGUGAAGAGUCGGAGGAAGGGACGAGCAGCAGUUCGACGGUGAAGCCGGAGGCACAGUUUUACUGUGGAGAUUGGGGCAGUUUCGUGGAGAAGGAUGAAACGCAUUACGAUGUGAUCUUGACCGCAGAGACGAUCUACAGCACCAACAGUUACGAUAAGUUGAUUAAGCUGUUCAAGAGCAAGCUUAAGCCGGACGGAGUGAUCUUGCUGGCCGCAAAGACGUACUACUUUGGCGUGGGCGGUGGCCUUCGCCUGUUCGAGAAGGCCCUCCAGGAGGACGGACACUUUUCCCACCAGACUGUGUGGGAGUGCGAGAGCGGCGUGAAGCGCGAAAUCCUCGAGAUUAAGACGAAGCCGCAGUCGGGCGAAUAAACAAGGAAUUUCUUUUUUGUUCCACUCUCAGGAAAAUUACCCAAAUCGACGUAUUUUUCUAAUAUAUGUUUAAAAUAUA